AUGGACGAACAGUGUGCACUGAUUGAUAAGCGAUCUGCGAUAUUAUCGCAUCGUAACACGUCAGAUGAUGGCGUGAUAAAUGCACCUGCUGACGAGAGACGUGAAGAAUCUCCGCCCAAGGCUGGUCCCUCCCGGGACAAGGGCAAGGGUGUGGAUCCCCAGAACUGGGGAGCUACAGACCUGCAGCAGGACAAGCUCAAUGUGGAUGCUCAAUGUGCCGCGUUUGUGAGCUGGUCAGAGGCUAAACAACUGAGUAUGCAGCCUAGUGUAGACACCAAUGAUGAAGGUGAUAAUGAUGACAUACCUCCAUUACAACCCGUUGAGGAUGAUGCCAACAACAAGAAUGAGUCCGAUGAUGGCACACGUCAUUACUACACACCUAUGAUAGCGCAGGAGCGCAUCAGUGCCAUGACCAGUGCCAUGAGGGGUAGAGUUGCUCACCUGAAGUCCCUGCGGGCACAGAAGGCGGCAGCCAACCCUGGUGUCAAGUUCACUUCAAGCAUUCCGACCAAUGCUCCAGCCGCGCCAGCCACCUUGUUGAGUGAGAAGAUGGCUGCUCCGCGGAAGCGUGAAGCCGUUGCGAAAGCGACGGCCGAGUUCUCCAUGAAGGAAGACAAGAAACCUAAGAAAAAGAAGAAGUCAGCUUUGAACAAGAACAAUGAUGAGUUUGCACAGUCAAAGGAACUAGCUGCGAAUGAUCCCAUCCGAAGGCUUAUUGAAGACACAAUUGUGAGCAUUCAACGUGACCACCAGCAUGCUGAAAAGAAGAGGCACAAGGCAGCUAAGCAGGCUGUCGAGCAGCUGAAUCCCACCAGCUACCUUGGUGUAGCAUUUCGCCAGCUGAGACAUGCUGCAAAGACACUGCAGACUGGUACAACCCCACUGGUGUCACCUAUGACGGCCGGGAGAAGCAGACAAGGAGGGUCGCCUAGUGACAGCUCCUCAUCGUCGAGCGACAGCUCGUCCUCUUCAGAUGACCAUGGACGCAAGGGACGGCCUCAGAAGGAGUGCAAAUGCAAGAAAAAACAUCGUCACAAGGACAUGAAAAAACGGGAAGUCAAGGUUGACAGUUCCCACAGUCUCAUUAAACCCAUCCCGCCGGAGGACUAUAACGGUGAGGUAGACAUGAUGGUGUAUCACCGGUUCAUGAUGGAAGCGACAGAAUAUGUGACUGAAGGGCGCAUUCCUGCUCGCAGGCAGGUGGCCUUGGUGGGCCAUUACCUAGAAGGCAGGGCUCGUAAAUUCUACGCGAACCGAGUGGCCAUUGCGCCUCACAAAUGGACGCUCAGUCGGUUCUUUACGGAGCUGUUCAGCUUCAUCUUCCCUCGCAAUUUUAAGCUACAAAUGCGCGAGGAUCUGAAACGCUUCAAACAAAAGCAGCUUUUGGUGAAAGAUGUGCUGUACAAACUCACCGGGUUAUGGAACAUUGUGGGUGAAACCGAUGAGCGGAACAAGGUCCUGAAGUUCUGGACCUGCCUCAACUAUGAACUCCAGGAGGAUCUUUGGAAGAAGGGACUCCAUCCUGAGGUUGUCGAGCUUGAUGAUGCAGUGCAAGCUGCUGAAAACAUUGAGAUCACCCUGAACGUGAGAGACCGUCAGUCUCGGGAACGCCCAUCAAGAAAACACCGCCGCAAGCACCCCCGCAAACGCAAUGCAAAUUCAAGCAAUGCAGACUCGGGCCGCCCAAGUAGCUCUAAUCAACCCCGCGUCAAACCUACAAGAAGCACAACACAAUACCGACGCAAUGACUAUCAGAACCGCCCGUCAGACAAAGGGCAGGUAAAGCAGAAGCAGCCGAGAAGCGAUGGUAAUCGCAAUGUGGGUGACAACCCAGGAUCAUGCCACAACUGUGGCAAGGACGGGCAUUUGAAGCGAAACUGCCCGGACGCUAAGAAGUUUCAGUUGUCCAGGCCAGGCAGACCACCUGGGGUGAGCAGCAAUGCGAUGGUUGUUGAUUACGGUGACCCCGAUGUGGUACGAACCUUGGUGGAAGGACCAACUGGCAAUGACAAAGCAAACAUAUUGUCAAUGAUGCUGGUGCAAGUGCCGCGCGACGACCGUGACGAGCCCGAGUGCUUUGACAUUGAGGACCUGCUACUGACAUGGGCUAUGGAGGUCCUGUUGGGGUAUUUGUAUCUGGAUGAUGAUGUCAACAAUCUGGUGACAUACACAAUGGAUCACUUUGAGUUAGUACCACUGGGCGAUGACUAUCAUGAGUACUUUGUCCAUGACCACUGUCAUCCCAAUAUACAGGGUUGGGACGUACCUAUUGUACACCAUGAUUCACUGCUAGAUCCAGGAUUCCAGCCCGACCGCUGGUACUGGAAGGAUUCGAUAGACUACGGUGGACCACCUCAUUUUUGGGUGGAGUACAAUCCCCUUGAUGGACUGUAUGUUGUGCGUGACGAAUGUCUGAACUUUACCGUUAAACUCAGCGAGGACCUGGUUCGGCGACCACAGUUUGACAUGCUGAACUGGUACAAAAAGUGUUUGAGACGCUUGACUGAGGAACUGUUGAAUCACAUGUAUGAAGCACGUGACAUGGAGAUUAACAUAUUGCGCUUACUGGACUGUGGCGCGCUAUCUGCAAUGGACAGCGCUCUUGAAGAUGUCACACAUCUAUUGCACACAAGCAGCCCAGCGAUCAACUUUGACGAUUCAGAUGAUGACUACAUCCACGUCACAGAGAUCAACAGCGUGAGCGUCGAGCCAGGAAAGUACCCCACACUCGAAUGUAACACAGGGCAGCCAAAGGACUUCCGGCGCCACAUCCCCAGUCCAAUAGUUGUGGUCGUACAUAUUGACGGCAUGCCGGCAUGCGUGCUGAUUGACUUGGGAUCACUAGCAGAUUUCAUGUCGCUGAACUUCGCAGAUCAGCUUAAGCGUAAAAAGGAUGUGUUGGAAAAGCCACUCACUGUACAACUAGCAGCUCAGGGCUCGCAAACAAAAGGCGUGAAGUACGACCGCCGGUUUGAUAUCAUGAACUUACAAAAUUACGACUUGAUAUUGGGGACGCCUUUCCUAUAUCAACACAAAAUGACCAUUGCAUUCAAUGAUGUGAAGGGUGUGGCUGUUGUUGAAUCCAAAGGGACGUCCCUAGUUUGGGAUAAGAAUGAAAAGGCCUGCCAGUAUUUGAAGAAGCUGGCGGCACCUCUGUGUGCUAAGGCCGGGGUGACAGACUUGUCACCGCUGCGUGCAAUUAAUCAUCAAAUACCUUUGAUUGAUGAGAAGAAAAUCUACCCGUGGCACCGGGCACGGUGCCCGGAGCCACUGCUUCGCCCACCAGUGGCAGAUGAUUAG